AUAGAAACUUACCCAGACAAGCUCUAAUUGCAGGAUCCUAAACUACUGUCAAUGGCAUAUUCAGCUGUUGGAAAACUUUCCAGUCGAAUGCCUCAUUUGUUUACCAAGGACAUUGCUCUUGUACAGCAGUUUUUUGAAGCAUUAUGUAAGGAAGAUCCUGAUACUAGGCUUGCCAUUCAAGAGGCUUUAUCUAUGAUGGUUGGAGCAUAUAGUACUUUGGAAGGAGCCCAGCGUACUCUUAUGGAGGCACUGGUUGCUUCAUACUUAAUUAAGCCCGAAGUCCAAGUUCGCCAGGUGGCUGUGAAAUUCGCCAGCACGGUGUUUCCCCCAGAUCAUAUCCCUUCCAGAUACUUACUUUUGCUAGCUGCGGGAGAUCCACGAGAAGAAGUCCAUGGAGAAGCACAGCGUGUACUAAGAACUCUUCCGGGAAAAAAUGAAAAAGAAAGUACUAACAAGCAAAUGCCUUCCUUCCCAGAAAUGGUACACUAUAUUCAAGAGAAGGCUUCACAUCGAAUGAAAACUCCAGCCAAAUAUAUGACAGGGACUGCCGUUCUUCCUUUUAAUCCAGCUACGUUUGGAGAGAUAGUCCUGUAUUUGCGAAUGUGUCUUGCUCACAGUGCAGGUGUGGUUCCUACCUCGCAGAGCUUGGCAGAUAUGCAAGACCAUGCCCCAGCAAUUGGUCGUUACAUAAGAAACCUAAUGUCUGGCAACCACAUAACAUCAUCAUCUUCCACUAAGGGUGGGGAAAACAACCCGGUACAGAUUUAUAUUGGCCUCCUUCAGCAGCUUUUAGCAGGUGUUGGAGGAUUGCCUGUCAUGUAUUGUCUUUUGGAAGCUGUUUCCGUCUAUCCAGAAAAACUGGCAACCAAAUUUGUAGAUAAAACAGACUGGAUAAAGAGUCUUAUGAAUACGAAUAAGGAAGAGAUGCGAGAACUGGUGGCAUUGUUUUAUUCAGUGGUGGUGUCCACGAUGUCAGGAAAUGAGUUGAAGUCAACUAUACAGCACCUUAUGAAGACCACAAAGGACAAUCAUAGCCCAGAAACACAACAUGGAUCCUUGCUUGCUUUGGGAUUCACAGUGGGACGUUAUUUGGCUAAAAAGAAAACCAAAGUGGCAGAGCUACAAGACACCGAGACUAAUACUGCAUUUUUACCAGAGCAAGAACAGCUCAUUCAGAGUACAACUGAAACAAUAGGUUCAUUUUUGGACAGCACUUCUCCUCUUCUGGCAAUUGCUGCUUGUACAGCCCUGGGUGAAAUUGGUAGAAAUGGCCCUCUUCCCAUUCCCAAUGAGGGAUCUGGCUUUACCAAACUCCAUCUUGUAGAAAGUUUACUCAACAGAAUACCUUCUAGCAAAGAAACAAACAAGAUGAAGGAGCGAGCAAUCCAAACAUUGGGCUAUUUUCCAGUUGGGGAUGGAGAUUUUCCUCACCAGAAGCUCAUUUUGCAAGGCCUCAUGGAUUCUGUUGAGGCAAAGCAAAUAGAACUUCAGUUUACUGUUGGUGAAGCCAUUACUAGUGCUGCAAUCGGCACGAGUUCAGUGGCUGCCCGGGAUGCCUGGCUGGUCACCGAAGAAGAGUACGCACCACUCGCUGAAGCCAAAGUGAAUGAUGUGGUUCCCUGGGUGUUGGACACAAUUUUAAAUAAGCACAUUAUCAGCCCUGUCCCCCAUGUGAGGCAGGCUGCCUGCAUCUGGCUCCUUUCUCUAGUGAAGAAGCUGAGUAGUCAUAAAGAAAUCAAGUCUCAUCUCAAGGAGAUUCAAAGUGCAUUUGUUUCAAUUCUGUCAGAUAAUGAUGAACUCAGCCAGGAUGUUGCUUCAAAAGGCCUUGGUUUGGUUUAUGAACUGGGCAGUGAACAAGAUCAACAGGAACUGGUGUCCACGCUUGUCGACACAUUGAUGACUGGGAAAAGAACUAAGCAUGAGGUUUCUGGCGAGACUGUGGUAUUCCAAGGGGUAUCCCUUGGCAAAACACCAGAUGGCCAGGGACUCUCUACCUAUAAAGAGCUUUGUUCUCUGGCGAGUGACCUUAGUCAACCAGAUCUUGUCUAUAAAUUCAUGAAUUUAGCCAACCAUCAUGCCAUGUGGAACUCUCGGAAGGGAGCUGCUUUUGGUUUUAAUGUGAUUGCCACUAAAGCAGGCGAGCAGCUGGCUCCUUUCCUGCCUCAACUGGUUCCUCGUCUUUAUCGCUAUCAAUUUGAUCCAAAUCUUGGAAUCCGUCAAGCUAUGACAAGUAUUUGGAAUGCACUGGUCAUUGACAAAUCUGUGGUGGAUAAAUAUUUGAAAGAAAUUCUUCAAGAUCUAAUUAACAGCCUAACUAGCACUAUGUGGCGAAUUCGAGAAUCCAGCUGUUUAGCUUUGAAUGACUUACUAAGAGGAAGACCAUUAGAUGAUAUCAUUGAUAAACUUCCAGAAAUAUGGGAAACACUCUUUAGAGUACAAGAUGAUAUUAAGGAAUCUGUACGAAAAGCAGCAGAACUAGCUUUGAAAACUUUAAGCAAGGUUUGUGUGAAAAUGUGCGACCCCUCCAAAGGAACAGCUGGCCAGAGAACCAUUGCUGUCCUUUUGCCCUGCCUCCUUGACAAAGGAAUGAUGAGCACUGUGACUGAAGUUCGAGCCCUCAGCAUUAACACCCUUGUGAAGAUCAGCAAAAGUGCUGGUGCCAUGUUGAAACCACAUGCCCCCAAACUCAUCCCAGCUUUGUUGGAAUCCCUAAGUGUACUGGAACCACAGGUUCUUAACUAUCUGAGCCUCCGGGCCACAGACCAGGAAAAGGCUGCAAUGGAUAGUGCUCGACUCAGUGCUGCCAAAUCCUCUCCCAUGAUGGAAACAAUCAACAUGUGCCUGCAAUACCUGGAUGUGUCUGUCUUGGGCGAGCUAGUCCCUAGAUUGUGUGAAUUGAUCAAAAGUGGAGUAGGUCUUGGUACCAAGGGAGGAUGUGCCAAUGUAAUUGUGUCGUUAACCACUCAGUGUCCCCAGGACUUAACACCUUAUUCUGGGAAACUCAUGAGUGCAUUGCUCAGUGGCUUGACAGACCGGAACAAUGUGGUACAAAAGUCUUUUGCGUUUGCCAUGGGACACUUAGUUCGAACUUCACGAGAUAGUAGCACCGAGAAACUGCUACAGAAGCUUAACAGCUGGUACAUGGAAAAGGAAGAACCGAUCUACAAGAGCUCGUGUGCUUUAACCAUUCAUGCCAUUGGGCGCUACAGCCCUGACGUGCUCAAGAGCCAUGCCAAGGAAGUAUUGCCACUGGCAUUCCUGGGCAUGCAUGAGGCAGCUGGUGAAGACAAGGGGGAGAAGGAUGAGGCCACUCUGUGGACCGAAGUGUGGCAGGAAAAUGUGCCAGGUUCCUUUGGUGGCAUUCGAUUGUACAUGCAGGAGUUGAUUGUUAUUACCCAGAAAGCUUUGCAGUCUCCAUCUUGGAAAAUGAAAGCCCAGGGUGCGGCUGCCAUGGCGUCUAUUGCCAAACAGACAAGUUCCCUGGUUCCUCCGUAUCUGGGGAUGAUAAUAACUGCUUUAUUGCAGGGGUUGGCUGGAAGAACAUGGGCAGGAAAGGAAGAACUGUUAAAAGCCAUUGCUUGUGUUGUAGUAGCCUGUAGUGCAGAGCUGGAUAAGUCAGUGCCUAAUCAGCCCAGCAUAAAUGAGAUUGUUCAGGCUGUUCUGAAGGAGUGUCGCAAAGACAACAUCAGAUACAAAAUAGUAGCUGUUAGAUGUGUAGCUGAUAUACUCAAUGCCACUAAAGAAGAUAGAUUCCAGGAGUUAUCCGACAUUGUUGUUCCAAUGAUUAAAAAGAAUUCUCUUGAAAGUGUUGGUGCCCGGACAUCAAAAAAUGAAGAGGAUGAUAAUGAGAAGGAAAAGGAGCUUCAGAUGGAAUCUCUGCUAUGUGCCUUUGAGAGCAUAGGCAAAGCUUGGCCUAGAAAUGUGGAGACCCAGUGUUGCUAUCGUCAGGAGUUGUGCAAGCUAAUGUGUGAACGACUGAAACUCAGCAAGUGGAAAGUACAACUGGGCGUUCUGAAGUCAAUGAAUGCCUAUUUUCAGGGGUUAAUGCUUUUAGAAAAGGAGCAUGCAGAUUCUGAGGCUUUGACUGAAAUACUGCUUGAAACUUGUUCAUCAAUCACACAUUCUUUAGAAAAUAAAAGCUACACUUCUAUAAGAACAGAAGCUUUGUCUGUGUUAGAGUUGGUACUUCAAAAACUUGAAGAGUCUAAACAGUGGGAAAGUCUGACACCUGAAUGCAGAGGACUGCUCAUCGAGUCGUUAACUACCAUGGAGAAGACUGACAGCAGACCUGAGCUGCAGGAGAAAGCAUCAUCACUGAAGAAAAUGCUUGAAAAUCUGGAGUAAAUUAAGGGAGACGGUUCUCCCUCCCUCCAUUAACCAAGUGCCAUGUAAAACAAAAAUUGAAAGAAAAAAUUUGGUGUUCUCAGAAAACCAAGUGGGGAUAGUAAAGGUUAAUUUGUAGCAUGCAUCAUUCCUUGGCCGAAAUAAAAAAAAUGCCUUAAAUUCUGUUCCCCUUUAGCUUUAUUUUACUGUGGUGUUUAAGCAGCUUGGCUGAAUGUGGUCAUUGUUACCUCAGAUUUGAAAAGAAGUAGGUGAAGAGAUCUAUAGUAAAUGCUGUUCGAAGGACUCUUAAAUGGACUAAAGUGUAUAAGGUUAAAAAAUAAAGGAUAUUCCUUUUAGGCUGAGUUAUGCCUUGGUCUGAUCAGCCACAGGCAGACACACUGUAACUUGACUAAGAGUAACGUCAUUUUGAUCUUCCUUGAGAAUGAAGGCCAACAACCAGCCAACCAGCCAGUUAAGCAUGUAGGUGGAUUUGCUUCAUAGAAAGUUGUAAUUCUCAUGCAGCAAAAUGAACUGUAAUGUUAAAGAGUUACUGGACGGAGAAAAGACUUCACAUCAUUGGAAAAUGGGGAGGAAACCUGGUUUUGUGGUAUGUUUUUGGGGGAAUGGGAAGUUUCUGGUGGCUUUACAUUUUGAGUCACUAUUAAAGACUUGUAUUAGAUGGGA